GGGAUCAAAAACAAACCAACAUGGUGGUCGAUAAUUGAGAAUUUUGGCUCCAGAAACAUAGUUAGGCUUAUUUGUUUUUUUUAAAGGAAGGGGAUGCCUCUUUGUUGUAAGAUCUGUGGCAAUAAAGCCAUUUUAAAGCGACCAAAAACGGGUGAUGCUUUGUGUAAGGAGUGCUUUUAUGUUGUAUUUGAGACUGAGGUCCACCACACAAUAAUCUCAAAUAAACUCUUUACAAAAGGACAAGUUGUAGCUAUUGGUGCAUCUGGUGGAAAAGAUUCCACGGUGUUGGCUUAUGUACUUAAAAAACUCAAUGAAGAGUAUGACUAUGGGUUAAAAUUGAUUCUAUUGUCUGUGGAUGAGGGAAUAACUGGUUACAGGGAUGAUUCAUUGGAGGUACAUGUAAAGAGCAAAACAUAUAAUUUUAUACAUAUAUCAAUGACACGAUAAUCAUGGUGACUUUGGCAACAUUUGAGCUCUAAACAGUUGUUAAAUUAUGAUGAAGCACUGCUACUCAUACGAAAAUAACUGGCACUUAACCAACAUGAAGUAAAUGAAUUCUUGAUGGAGGAUUAAAGAUAUUGAAAUGCGUAGAGCCCUAACAGAAUUUGAAUGCUGGAUAUCAACUUAUUUUGAAGCCACACACUGGGAGCAUUUGCACUACAAGUACCUUAU